AUCAUCUCCUCCUCCCGUCUCUGCCUCUCCUGCUCGUCUUUGCACGUCUAAGGAGGACUUGCCUUUUCUAUUGUCUUGCGCUUUUCGGGACUUACAACAUGGGGGGAUUAGAUGCGCUCCGACAGUUUAAUUUGCUCAAAUGGCUGAGGGAGGAGAGACAAUCGAGGAAACUGAUUCUCUUCAUUGUUUUUGUUGCUCUGCUUCUGGACAACAUGCUCCUGACUGUAGUCGUUCCCAUCAUUCCCAGCUACCUGUACACCCUGGAUGAGUCGACAGACACGCUGAAGAACAACAUCACGUCACAGCAGAACUCUCCAGGAUCCUUCCAAAGCAUUGUGUCGUUAUAUGACAACACUGUUAGGUUGUCUGGGUUUAAUGGCACAGCUAGGACUGCUGAGCUGGUCCCUCCAACCCCUACUGGUACAGCACUCCCACCAAACUCCACUGACUGCCCCAGGUCCACCAACAAGCUGAUUAAUGAGAAUGUCAAAGUAGGAAUGCUGUUUGCUUCCAAAGCCACCGUGCAGCUGAUUACCAACCCCUUCGUAGGUCCAGUCACAAACAGAAUAGGAUACCAGCUUCCCAUAUUUGUUGGCUUCUGUAUAAUGUUCAUCUCUACUAUCAUGUUUGCCUUCUCAUCGAGCUACGCUCUGCUGUUUCUGGCCAGAUCGCUCCAAGGCGUGGGUUCCUCCUGCUCAUCUGUAGCUGGGAUGGGAAUGCUUGCUAGUGUGUACACAGAUGAUGAGGAGAGAGGUCAUGCCAUUGGCAUCGCCUUGGGAGGUUUGGCAUUAGGAGUGUUAGUUGGACCCCCAUUUGGCAGUGUGAUGUAUGAGUUUGUUGGGAAGACGGCUCCUUUCCUUAUUCUGGCAUUCCUGGCCAUGUUUGAUGGAGCUCUGCAGCUCUUUGUUCUUCAGCCCACCAAGGUGACACCAGAGAGUCAGAAGGGGACCCCACUGCUGACACUGAUGAAGGAUCCUUACAUACUAAUUGCAGCAGGUGCCAUUUGUUUUGGAAAUAUGGCUAUUGGCAUGAUGGAGCCAACGGUGCCAAUCUGGAUGAUGGAGACCAUGUGUGCCAGGAAUUGGCAACUAGGCGUCGCUUUCUUACCAGCGUCCAUCUCCUACCUUAUUGGAACCAACAUCUUCGGCACGUUUGCACACAAGAUGGGGAGAUGGCUUUGUGCUCUUAUUGGAAUGGUUGUGGUUGGGAUCAGUGUAAUAUGUGUCCCCUUUGCUAGAGACAUCUAUGGUCUGAUUCUUCCUAACUUUGGUGUUGGUUUUGCUAUUGGCAUGGUGGAUUCCUCUAUGAUGCCUAUAAUGGGUUACUUGGUGGACCUGCGGCAUGUGUCUGUUUAUGGAAGUGUGUAUGCCAUUGCUGAUGUGGCUUUCUGCUUGGGAUUUGCAUUAGGUCCAUCUAUUGGAGGUUCCAUUGCUGAGAGUAUUGGCUUUCCUUGGCUGAUGACCAUCAUUGGAAUAGUGGAUAUUAUAUUUGCUCCUCUCUGCCUCUUUCUGAGGAAUCCACCAGGACAAGAAGAGAAAAUUGCUAUUUUGAUGGACACCAACUGUUCAAUGAAGACGAGGUCCUACUCAACGCAGGGGACGUACUACCAGGGUGAAGACAUGGAUCCGGAGUACGAUGAUUAUGAUUAACGGGACACCGGCCAUGCAGGGUAACCCUUCAGAGGAUCUAUUUUGUUGUACAAACAAAAGGAACACGGAAGAAAAACACAGCAAAUGAAACAAAACAGCCAAGAUAUUUCCAUGUGAAUGUCCUGCAUUCAGUCUGUUCACUGUCCUCUUAGCAGUUGUACUGGAGGAAAACCAAAAUUGUUCUUUAUCUGUGGUUGCAAGCGCAUUGUGUUGCACAUAUUUUUUUAGCCAACAGCCUUAUUCA